CUUCUCUAUCUCUUCCAUCUCUAAUAUAUUGCAUCCUUUAGCAGAUUGAGGCAUCUAACACCACUGACAGUUACAUGUAGCUUUCCCAGUUUCUUGGUUUGCACAUGAAUUUUAAAAAGAAACACUUUGUAAGCUCCUGUAGUCUGUUUUAUUUUGACGUCUCAUAUGACUAGGACUUCAGCCAAAUUACCUUUUAGGUCGCCAGGAGGGGCUGGAGCCAAUCCCAGCUACCACUGGAUGGCACUUCUGAUUCUCCUGGUAAUGCUGACAGCAUGUGCUGCAGUGCCUCAAGAUCUCUCUGGCAAAAUGUUCAUCUUUCCACAAGAAACUGACACAGCUAAUGUGAGACUGAAUACGUCCAUGCAGAGCUUCACAGCUGUGACGGCCUGUUUCAGGUCUAUUACAGACCUCAGCAGGAACCACAACCUUUUCUCUCUCUCCACACCCUCUUUCCACAAUGGCUUCCUGGUAUUCAAAGAAGCAGGAAAUAAUGUGAUUGACAUCUAUGUCAGAAACAACAGAGUAACAUUUACAGACCAGGAUUACAUGCUGAAUACGUGGCAGUCUAUUUGCACCACUUGGGAUUCUGAAUCUGAACUGGUGCAGCUGUGGCUUAACGGAAAGCCCUCAAUAAAGAAAUUCAUUGGUGGAUCAGUCAUCACUGAUCCAAUUGUUAUCGUAGGACAGGAGCAGGAUUCCCAUGGCGGGGGAUUUGACAUCAAUCAGUCUUUUGUUGGGAUGAUGUCUGAUGUCCACAUGUGGAACUACGUCCUUUCCCCUUGUGAGAUCCAACGUUUCAUAGAAGAUCUGAACUUCACUCCUGGGAAUGUGAUAAACUGGAGGGCGCUAGAGUUCGAGGCCACAGGCAGAGUGCUAGUAGAAAAUAAGAUCACUUGUGAAUAAAGUUACACUAUAAAUAAAUAAAGUCAUUAAGAAGAAGCUUGAAAAUAUCUGCAGCUGGUCUUUGGUUAGGGUAAUGUCUUUAAUCAGUUUCAUUUUCAUGAAAAAAACAAUCUUAUGUUUUUUUUUUAAUUGAUUAUUCUGAUUAAGCAUGUUAGUGAAUUGCUUUGUAGGUGUAUAAUGGUUCGGGGUUUCUCUUUAACACCAGCUCCUGUCAUCAAUAAUCUAAAUAGUUUCCUCAGUAUAAAUACUCUUCCCUGUGUUUUCUGCCAGAU